GCAGCGCGGCCGGUGGAGGCGCUUCCCCUCGGGAGAAGGCGGCGGCCGCGGGGGUCGGGGAGGCGGGAGGGGCGGGGGGUGGGGGGGAUUCGGGAGGAGAGGAAAUCCUCGGGGAGGUUCCUCCCCGGACGGCGGCAGCCUGGCCGGGCCCGAGAGCUGCCCGCGGUGGGGAGGGGAUAGCGGGGCGGACCCGGAGGACAUGGAGGGCGAGGAGGCCCCGUCAUGGCGGGGUCCCGGCGGCGCCGUGCGGGAGCUCUGCCGCUCCUUCGGCCACUACAACCGGCACCUGGCGCGGCUGCAGCACAACCUGCGAGAGACCAAGAGGUUCUUCCGCGACGUCAAGUUCUCCCAGGGACAUCCCUUCGCCUCGGCGCCUGCCGGUGACGGCCCCCGCCCCGCCUGGGAUGGGGAUGGGGGUCCCGGGGACGGCGGUGAGAGAGGGACGGGCUGUGAGGGCCCCAGCCCCGUCUCGUUCCCGCGGCACGAGGAGGAGCAGCUGCAGCGCUCGGUGAGCUGGCGGCCAUGCCUGCUGAUCCUGGGCCAGAACUGCCGCGCCAAGGGCCGCCUGCUGAACACGCUGCUGGGCCAGGAGCUGCUGCCCACCCCUGGGGCUGCCACCCAGGAGCUGCUGCCCACCCCCGGGGCUGCCACUGCCACCCAGGAGCUGCUGCCCACCCCUGGGGCUGCCACCCAGGAGCUGCUGCCCAGCCCUGAGGCUGCCACUGCAGAGCCGCUGCCCACCCCAAGGACUGGUACUGAGGAGCUGCUGCCCACCUCUGGGACUGGUACCAAGGAACUGCUGCCUGGUGCUGGCACCACAGAGCUGCUGCCCACCCCUGGCACUGGCACCAAGGAGCUGCUGCCUGCUGCUGGGGCUGUCACCGAGGAACUGCUGCCCACCCCUGGGGCUGUCACCAAGGAUCUGCUGCCUGGGGCUGGCACUGCAGAGCUGCUGCCCACCCCCGGGGCUGGCACAGGCACUGAGGAGCUGCUGCCCACCCCUGGGACUGGCACGGAGGAGCUGCUGCCCACCCCUGGGACUGACACUGAGGAGCGCUGCCGGCGCCGCCGGGUGCGCUUCACGCACGGGGCGCGGCCGCGGCUGAGCCUGGCGCUGCCCGGGCAGUACGAGCUGGUGCAGGCGCUGGUGGCACACAGCGGGCACUGGGACACCAUCCCCGAGCAGGACCUGCAGGUGCCCGGGGACGCCGAGGAUCCCGCGCAGAGGGUGGCAGAGCUGGAGGUGGUGCUGCCCUGCGCGCUGCUCAAGGAGGUGGACAUCGUGGUGGCUCCAUGCCGAGGCUUCCAGUCAGCUGAGGCCACCCUGGCCGAGUUUGUGAACCAGGUGCUGCCCGUUGUCACCUUCGCCAUCAGCGAGCCCCAGCUGUCCCCGUCGGACCAGGCGGAACUUCGGGAAAUCAAACAAAAAUUCUCCCUCCCCAUCUUCUUCCUGCGGAUCCCCGAGGCCAGCAGCGAGCUGAGCUCUCCCAAAAACCCCCCCAAGGACAAAUCCCCGCUGCAGCUGCAGCUGCUGGAUCUGGAAUACCUGAGCCCCUCCAGCCCCUGCGGCUGCGGCGUUCCCGGCUCCUCCAUGCUGGUGGAGCAGCUGGAGAAGCUGCGGCUGCUGAGCUCCUUCUCCAGGCAGGUGCUGCAGCAGCACCUGGUGGAGGCAGCCACGAGGCUGAGCGAGGUUCACGGGCGCUGCCUCAACAUCUUCAUCAACCAGGCCUUCGACAUGCAGCGGGACCUGCAGAUCACCCCGAAGAGGCUGGAGUACACGCGCAGGAAGGAGAACGAGCUCUACGAGUCGCUGAUGGGCAUCGCCAACCGCAAGCAGGAGGAGAUGAAGGAGAUGAUCGUGGACACCCUGGGCAGCAUGAAGGAGGAGCUGCUGGAGGAUGCUGCCAGCAUGGAGUUCCGAGACAUCAUCAUUCCCGAGAGCGGCGAGCCCGUCAGCUCCAAGGACAUCAAGCGCUGCAUCCAGCAGAUCCAGGAGCUGAUCAUCUCCAGGCUGAACCAGGCCGUGGCCAACAAACUGAUCAGCUCCGUGGAUUACCUGAGGGAGAGCUUCGUGGGCACCCUGGAGCGCUGCCUCAAGAGCCUGGAGGAGUCCUGGGAGGGCUCCGUGCACCCGCCCCGGGGGCUGGAGAAACCCCGGGAGGGCUCCGUGCACAUCACCAGCAACUAUCUCAAACAGAUCCUGAAUGCAGCCUAUCACGUGGAGGUCACUUUCCACUCGGGCUCAACGGUGACCAGGAUGUUGUGGGAACAGAUCAAACAGAUAAUCCAGCGGAUCACGUGGGUCAGCCCCCCGGCCAUCACCAGCGACUGGAAGAGGAAGGUGGCCCAGGACGCCAUCGAGAGCCUGAGCGCCUCCAAGCUGGCCAAGAGCAUCUGCAGCCAGUUCCGCACGCGCCUCAACAGCUCCCACGAGGCCUUCGCCGCCUCCCUGCGCCAGCUGGAGGACGGCCACUCGGGCCGGCUGGAGAGGACCGAGGACCUGUGGCUGCGCGUCAGGAAGGAGCACGCGCCGCGCCUGGCCCGGCUCUCCCUGGAGAGCAGGUCCCUGCAGGACGUGCUGCUGCACGGGAAGCCCAAGCUGGGCAGGGAGCUGGGCCGAGGCCAGUACGGGGUGGUGUACCUGUGUGACAGCUGGGGGGGACACUUCCCCUGCGCCCUCAAAUCCGUGGUGCCUCCGGAUGAGAAGCAUUGGAACGACCUGGCACUGGAAUUCCACUACAUGAGGUCCCUGCAGUCCCACGAGAGGCUGGUGCACCUGCACGGCUCCGUGAUAGAUUACGGCUAUGGAGGAGGCUCCAGCAUUGCUGUGCUGCUCAUCAUGGAGAGGCUGCACAGGGACCUCUACACGGGGCUGAAGGCUGGGCUGGAGCUGGAGCCACGGCUGCAGAUUGCGUUGGACGUGGUGGAAGGGAUCCGGUACCUGCACAGCCAGGGCUUGGUGCACAGGGAUAUCAAACUCAAAAACGUCCUGCUGGACAAAAAGAACAGGGCCAAAAUCACAGAUCUGGGGUUCUGCAAGCCCGAGGCGAUGAUGUCUGGCAGCAUCGUGGGCACCCCCAUCCACAUGGCUCCCGAGCUCUUCACAGGGAAGUACGACAAUUCCGUGGAUGUUUAUGCCUUUGGGAUCCUGUUCUGGUACCUCUGCUCGGGCCAUGUGAAGUUACCUGAGGCUUUUGAGAGGUGUGCCAGCAAGGAUCACCUGUGGAACAACGUCAGGAGAGUUCCCGGCAUUCCCGGUGACCCCGCUGCGUUUGCAGGGGUGCGGCCGGAGCGGCUCGCGGUGUUUGACGAGGAAUGCUGGCAGCUGAUGGAAGCCUGCUGGGCCGGGGACUCCUCCCAGCGGCCUCUCCUGGGAAUCGUGCAGCCCAUGCUCCAGGGAAUCAUGGACAGGCUCUGCCGCGCCGCCUCCCAGCAUCCCAGCAAGGGCCUGGAUGACUCCACCUGAGCGGGAGCGGCGGCACGAUUCGGGAAUGGCGGCAGGAUUCGGGAAUUGCGGCGGGAUUUGGGGAAGUCCAGCCCCGUCUCUGCCGUGGAGCUGCGAGGCAGCCCCGAGGGGGGACAGGGAGGAGCCCAGGGGGUGACAGCUCCAUCCCCAUCCCUGGGAUCCUAUGGAAUUGUGGGACAGAGGGUGACAGCUUCAUCCCCAUCCCAGUCUGUGAUCCCGAUGGAAUUGUGUGGGACAGGGGGUGACGGCUCCAUCCCCAUCCCUGGGAUCCCGAUGGAAUUGUGUGGGACAGGGGGUGACGGCUCCAUCCCCAUCCCUGGGAUCCUAUGGAAUUGUGUGGGACAGAGGGGUGACAGCUCCAUCCCCAUCCCACCCUGUUAUCCCUAUGGAAUUGUGUGGGACAGGGGGUGAUGGCUCCAUCCCCAUCCCUGGGAUCCCGAUGGAAUUCUGUGGGACAGAGGGGUGAUAGCUCUGUCCCAAUCCCUGUCCUCCCUAUGGAAUUGUUUGGGACAUGGUGGGGCUCAGGGGGUGACAGCUCCAUCCCAGUCCCAGUCUGUUAUCCCUAAGGAAUUGUUUGGGACGUGGUGGGGCUCCGAGGGGGCUCAGGAGGUGACAGCUCCAUCCCCAUCCCUGGGAUCCUAUGGAAUUGUGUGGGACAGGGGGUGACGGCUCCAUCCCCAUCCCUGGGAUCCUAUGGAAUUGUGUGGGACAGGGGGUGACGGCUCCAUCCCCAUCCCUGGGAUCCUAUGGAAUUGUGUGGGACAGGGGGUGACGGCUCCAUCCCCAUCCCUGGGAUCCUAUGGAAUUGUGUGGGACAGGGGGUGACGGCUCCAUCCCCAUCCCUGGGAUCCUAUGGAAUUGUGUGGGACAGGGGGUGACGGCUCCAUCCCCAUCCCUGGGAUCCUAU